AUGUCAGGUAGCCGUUAUCAGUUAGGUGUGAGUUAUUCGAGUGCAUUGGAAGGCGCGGGGCGGACGCGGCGUGCGCGGUGCGGCGACAGAAGGAGGUCAGUGUGCGCGCGGGAAUUAGGUCAGGGCGGUAUCGGAUGCAUUCGGCUCGGAGUCGCUCGGGCCCCGUCGGGCGAGUCCGUUCGCGCCGGCGUGUGGCUGCCAUCGAUCGCCGCCCACGCGGCGCAGCGCCGCUCGAGUGCUCCGCGAGUCGCGACGCGAGUCCCGGGCUUGGCCCCUCAACGAUGGCGGCGUGAGCGCGCGCCGCCCGCGGCCUCCGGCGGACAUGCCGCGAUGGCCAGAGAGGUAACCGCGACGCGCCCGGCGCCCGGCCGCCGCCCCCCUUCGCUUAUGUAA